CCCCUCAGUCAACAUGGGUCCUGUGUCGUGUACUUCCUGUUAGUUGUCAACCCUGUUUACCCCUAUUCCAAGCGGCUAAGCCUCAUUUCCUCUUUGUGUGUCUUCCCAUUAUGGCAACAUGACAGUGAUAGCAGCAUGCAGCCGCUUCCUGCGCCGGUACUUGUUCUGCCAGGAAGCGUUGAUAUUCUUUGUUUUAUUUGUGAUCGUCUACAAUUCUUUGUUCCACGUCAAGCCAAUAUGGCGAUACUUUCAAAGAGCAAAACUGAAAAUGCAACUUCGAUGGAACGGACCGAACAACACAUACGAUGAGAUUCCAGCUAACCUUAGUUUUCCUGAAACGACAGAGAAGAAGGCUUCGUGGGAGCUGAAGAAACCAAAUGCUGCUGUGUAUGCCAUCCAGGGUCGACGCCCACACAUGGAAGACAGGUUCAACAUUGUCAGUCGUCUAGAGCACACAGGCACAUCCAUCUAUGGUGUGUUUGAUGGACAUGGAGGGGAUUUUGCGGCUGACUUUGCAGAGAAGACCUUAUUUAAAAGUAUCAUGAUCCGGCUGCUGAAGGCUUCCCUUGAAGAGCAGACAGAGAAUUUAACAUCGAUGCUCACACAGGAGAUGCUAAACGUUGACUACCAGCUUUUGAAUAUUGCCCGUUCAAACAUGGAUAUCUCAGGUUCUACAGCGUUGGUAGCCCUCGUCAAGGACGGUAAACUGACUGUGGCGAACAUAGGGGAUUCCCGCGGUGUUCUGUGUGACAAAGAUGGCAGGAGCAUCCCCCUGUCCUACGACCAUAAACCUCACUCGGUAAAGGAGAAGAAGAGGAUAAAGGAGGCGGGAGGUUUUGUGAGUUUUAACGGUGUAUGGAGAUUGGCCGGUGUCUUGGCUACAUCCCGGGCACUUGGAGACUACCCUCUCAAAGACAAGAACAUUCUCAUUGCCGAGCCAGACAUCCUAAGCUUUGAUUGCAGGGAAAUACAACCCCAGUUUAUCAUCCUAGCAACAGAUGGCUUGUGGGAUGUGUUUGGUAACCAGGAAGCGGUGGAUUACAUCAAAGAGAGGCUACAUGAACCUCACUUUGGUGCUAAAAGUUUAGUGCUACAAGCCUACUAUCGUGGGUCACUAGACAAUAUAUCUGUGAUGGUUGUUAAGUUUGGAACAAACUCAGAUUUGUUAUGAUAAUAGUAGUCCAAAAUAUAUAUAUAUAUAUAUAAAAAACAAGAAAAAAAUCAUGAUUUCAAGUAUAUGUUCAAGCAAGGGAUCCCGGAGAUCAUGAUCUGAUUUGUCAAAUUGAACUAUGUACAAUGUUUGAUUUUGAAAAGUUCAGAAUCAAAUUUUGUUCCAAAGAGUGCUGAGAUAUAAUACUUUAAGGCAAGAUAAGAUAGGUGUAUAUGCAAAAUGUAAUUUUUGAUAGGAAGAGGAUAAAUUAAAAUGAUUGUCCAUCUAUCAGUGUUUUACAAGUUUAAUUCAAAUAAACUCUUCACUUCAUAGUAGCUGACAAUAUAGCAUCAGGGAACUGUGAUCUGAUGGCCUUUGAUUCAGCGUAACCGGAAGGUAUACCGGUACUUCAUCAUAUUUGUGUGGCUAUUUAUUUUUUGCAACCAACCAAAACAGACAUUUUAUAUAGCAAGUUCUACAAUGUUAUUGGUGUUUUUUUCUGUUAAAACUUGUUGAGCAAUAUUUGAUUUGUGUGUUUUGUGAGCAUGUUGCCAGUUUGUGGAAAUUAUUCUGAACUUUCCUACCAAAAUUAUGUACCAGUGAUAUCAAGAUUUUUUCCUGGGCACAAACAAUGGUGAUUGAAUGGUUGAGUGAUUUCUAAAACAAAGUUCAUUUUUUGUAAGUGCUGAUUUGAUGUGGAAUUAGGUAACUAGAACAUUCACUAUAGAACAGACCUUUGUUGACAUCGUGGAUUGAUUUUUUUGCCACAAAUAUUGUUUAUGCUUGUUAAUGAUAUUUUACUUAUUUAUGUGUAUUAAACAAAUGUCUGCCACUUUGUGAGCAUUUCAUACAACAACUGUAACACAACUUCACAUUGACUACAGGCAAUUUUUUAUUAUUCAUAUUUGUUGACCGUCUUGAAUAUUAAACAGAAGUUGAUUGUUAAAAUCUGUUUAGCGCUAAAAGUUACAUCUUAACGAGUUAAUGAAGACCUAAUGAUGUUGUCUGGUGUCAGCUAUGCUUGUCAUGAUCUUUGAAGGAUGAUGUCAGUUCCUGUAUUUACAACAAUUCAUUCAGUGCUAUGUAUAAAACUGACUAGAUAAUCUUAAUCUGAACACUUGAUAUAUCAAAUAAACUACAUAUAUUUUUUUACAGUCUAAUUGGUACUUAUUUCAGUGGGGGUCAGACUUUUCUUGAUUUUGUCCAUAUACAUGUAUUAUAUUUGAACCAAAACACUCACUUUUAGUACAUGAACUUUAUAAAAAGCAAAAAAAAGUAAAUUCAUUACUCCCCCCCCCCCCCCCCCCC